AUGGCGGGAUUUCAAUUUCUGUGGGUUAUAUCGGUUGAUUCUCUUUCCCAUUCAACCUGGUCCAGGGAUCACAACAUCUUUCGUCUCACUCUCAGAAAUGGGAAGCAGUGGCUAUUUGAUAGAGUCAGGAAUGCUGGGGUUAUUGAGCUCAGGGAAACAAUUGAUGACUUUGAUUAUUGCAAAGCUUUUGCUCUACAUGUGGAGGUUAACAACUUGGAACUGGAUGAGUUUCCAACAAUUUGUAAGACAUAUUUCAUUUGGUACUUCAGAGAAGGUCAAUAUCUGAGAGAUUUGAACUUGACCAUGCUGAUUGUUGAAAGAUACUUUAGAAAUUUGGCACCAGAGGAUGAUGGUUUGGAUGUUAGCUUGAUUGAUAUAUAUGAUAUUUUUCCCUCCAAUCCUCAUCAUACACAUCCAUUGCUGUUGAGAUCUGGACAGCAUGACAGGAAUGAUUGGGUUGGAGAGGUGAGGCGUCUGGCUCAUAUGCGUUUUCUAAGAUUGUUAAUGAAGCUCCAAUCUAGUGGGUGGUCCCUGAUAUUUAUAACUAGGAAGAGAGAGGAACAGUGUAAUGCUACCACAAAAGAACUCAUUUCUGCAGGAUAUGGAGGAUGGGCAUCUUUGAUUAUGAGAUCGGAUGAUGAGAUGCAAAUGGAUAGCUGGAAAUUCUUUAACAAAAGAAGGGCAGAACUGCUGAAUCAAGGUUUCCGUAUGGCUAGUGUUAUUAGCUCUCGGAUGGAUGCUUUAACAGGCCCAUGCUUAGGAAAGCGUAAUUUCAAGCUUGCAAACCCUAUAUUCUAAGGUAGAGCCUCAGAUUGAAACAAUGGAACUACAAUAGAAUACAUUUGAGCAAGGUGGAAAAAGGACUGUUCAUGUGUGUGUGUUAUUUGGAUGGUAGGCACCUCAUAUCAUCUCCAACAUAUAUAAAGGAUGUUUUAAGAACCUUUUUAAUUUUGGUGGGGGAGGGGGUGGAUCCCCUAGCCCCUGCGUUCCACGGUGAUCACAACCUUGUCAUUUAUACUGGCAGAUGACAACCUCUUGUAUAUAAUAGGUAUUUUUUAUGGCAUGAAGAAGCCAUUUUCUCAAUUUAUUCUCAUCUAUAAUAAAGAUUGAAUUAUCGAUAGAUUUUGGUCUAUUUUCUAAC